AUGGAGCCUUUUUCCACUCCGAGGAAAAGCAUGUCUGCCCCUCACCUUAGAGAUUUUCGGACGGAAAAGGCGGAUCGGGUCCGCGAACGCCCGACCGAGUUGAAGGCGGCUGGAGGGGAUCUCCACACUUUGAGAUGGGUGAGCAAUCAGGCCAAGAAGGAUUCCUUGUGUGCCCAGUGUCGCUCUGGAUCCAAGAACAUGCCUGGAGGGUCUGUGGCUGAAUCUGUCAAGAGAAUUCACUCUCUGGCCCGUGUUGGGACAGGUCUCGACCACCGGGGAGAGCCUGGGCACGUCAUGCGAAUAGAGGAAGGGGAGGAGGACUCCCCGCCGGCACCCCGAGCCCGCCUCGAGGGCCUCCUCCAGGAGCUGGUCAAGACCAGCCCCGGGACCAACCAGGUCAAGGACGGCUCCGGGAGCAACUCGACGCUCUGGGACCCCUGCGAGAUGACCCUGGGCUACAUGGCCGAAAUCACCACCACAGUGGAGCCAAGUGAGACGUUGUCGCCCCUGCCGAAGAAGAAGCAGCGGAUGCAGGAGAACCACUACGUCCAUCGCAUCAUGGGCACUGUCGUGAAGCUGUACGAUCGGAGUGUUGACCUGUCGAAAUUCAACGAGACCACCCCACUCUACCCGGUGUGCCGGGAGUGGAUGCUGAACAAUGCACUAGAGAACAGGCUCAAGCAGGUGGAGUCUGUUGAACCGAACAUGAAGGUAGCAGAACCAAAAGUAUUGUUGAAGGAGGAGGGAAAGAGCGUGGCUGCCGACACCGAGACCGACGCCCUGUCGAAGCAGUCGGACUCCUGCCUGGCCGUGAGUCAGCUCCCCGCCCCCCUCCCGCUGGAGCCGGGGCAGAAGCCCCGCAUCCCGCCCCGGGAUCCUCAGCCCAAGGUGGAGGACAUUCCCAUAGGCGCAGGCGAGGAUGCCCCAGCACCCACCCUCCUCUUGACUGAGCACCUGAAGAGAUGGCAGAAGGUACGGAGGGAUUGGAUCGACACUGCUGCCCGCAAUGAGGCACGGUACACUGGGAGCCAGAAAGUCCUCAAGGAGAUGUUCAGGCGAUGAAUGCGUACCUCAGGACUGUUCUCUGCUUGUCUUGCACGCAUCAGUUUGGAAGGAAUGACUCUGAG